ACAAUGACAACAAAAUUUCCCCAAAAAUCACACAGUGACAAUGUUUCUUUAAUAUUUCUGCAGGUAUAGUCACAGUGUCCGGUGAUAAUAGUAUCACUUACUUUAUCUUUUAAUGUAUCCCUGUAAUAUUCAUGUAUCAUUUUGGUACAUUUGUGAUUUAUAAUAAUUUGGCCUUAUUACAUGAUGAGUUGUUAUGUGUGAGUCUUGAGAGGUUACUGUAACAGUGUGUGUGUGCUGCUGGCAGCUCCUCCCAUCCAGCUAUAAGAGCCCAGCUGACCAGGUACUGAAACAGGCCAGUCCAAACUGACUGCUGAAAAGUCAGUCAGCUUUAUUAAAAACGUCUUUCCCCCCCCUGCAGCUUGUUACAUGCAGCCUUUGCUCCACAUUGAGAUGCAGGAUCAGUCCCUGAGUUAGUUAUCGGUCUGAUCUAACAGAGGAUUUGGAGCCGGACAGGGACUUCGUGUAACUUUUUUGUUAAAGAUGACUUUCGCCAUGCUGCGGCCUGUGGCGACACACUUGAUCUACUCAGACUUCACCAGCAUCACGUCCGAGGACGAUGAGAACCGCAGCGAGAGCGACGGCAGCUCGGAGCAGAGUUACUGCGACUCCUCCACCGAGAAACGGAGGAGGAUUUCCCGCAGUCUGGAUGAAGCAGAGUCCCACCCGGUGGUGGUGGAGGUGAAACAGAGGAGCGCAGCCAACGCCAGAGAGAGAGGCAGGACCCAGAGUGUCAACACCGCCUUCACAUCUCUCCGGACGCUCAUACCCACCGAGCCGGUGGACAGAAAGCUCUCCAAGAUCGAGACGCUCCGACUGGCCUCCAGCUACAUCUCCCAUCUGGCCAACGUGCUGCUCCUCGGAGACUCCGGAGCUGCUGAUGGACAGCCGUGUCUCGGUGCGGUUCAUGCGCAAGGAGAACCGAGAACCAUCUGCACCUUCUGUCUGAGCAACCAGAGAAAAGGGAUAAAGGAUGGCAAAGACUGUUUAAGAAUGCGAGGGCUGGGUCCACUGCGAAUGAGACGCUGACUGGAGACCAGUGAACGAUUAGCAACCUGAAAAUCCUCAAAGACUUUCUCAGGGAAGAGUCAGAGCUGGUGUUACAUAGCACACACACACAUACACACACACACAUGCUGGAUCUAAGGAUGGAACCAAAGAAGAGACUAUUUAUACCUGACCUGAGAAAUUUAAGCAUAAGCCUUUCAAAGAUGCAGUGCGUUUGCUUGAAACUUAUGAGUUUUUGUCCUUUUUUUUUUACCCCUGAAAGUUUUAAAUAAAAUAUAUUUUAUCAAAAUAAAA